GAAACUGCUAUGUCUGGACUUUAUACAAUUACGCGCAGGGAGUUGUGUAUGGCUAAAAUACUAAAGAGAGUUUCCUUUGCAAUUAUGUAUAAUCUAGCUUGCAUCCAUAUACCGCAAACUUUAUCAUGCGUAAUUCGGACGGUCCGCUUUGGGUUGAAUACUUAACAGCUAUGCUAAAUGAUGCUGAUCUAUAUACCUUUGCCCGUGUCGGUGCAACUGUCAAUAAUUCUCUUGUCUUUAGGCCUCAGCCUGACUUUUCCGGUCAAGUCUAUCGAUACACGCUCACAGAAGAUACUACUGAACCAAAAUACGAUAAGCUUUACUUCAUUUGGUUAGGGGGAAAUGAUAUAGCCGAGCUUUACAACAACAAAAAGUAUCCCAACAAUAACGUGGAAAGAGAUCGCAUUCUGAAUGAUACUCAAUUUACAAUUAGAUAUAAUUUGGAAAAGCUAUACGAGACCGGAGCUCGAUAUAUUAUUUGCUUGGGUGUGAAUCCAACACAUCUUUAUCCAGCGAAUAAUGACAAAACAGAGGAAUUCAGACAGUCUUACAAAGAGUCAAUCAUGAAAUUUAACGAACGAUUACAAACGAACAUAGAGGAUCUAAAUAGCAGACAUAAUGAUUCGAAAGCAGUUUUCUUUGAAACAUACAAACUAUUCUAUUCGUUUUUUCCCGAGCAAACUAUAAUGGAAAAUUCAAAGUGGCAUUGCAACUACAGUGCAAUAUGCAAUGGGUAAGGUAUACCGACUGUACAAACUUUCUUUAACAAAAUUUUGACAUUUGAAAUUGAAUACGUACGCAUAGAAUUUACUGGGAUAAAGCACAUUAUUCCACUUUUGUUCACGCACGCAUAGCGCAAGCACUCUAUGACCAUAUGUUUACGCUUGAUUGGUAUUAAGAAAGAUAAAGUGGGGGGGGGGAAGAUGUUGGAGUGUCUACUACGUUGAUCCAUCAAUAAAAGACUGUAAUACGAAUGUAAACCGAUCACAGAGAACUACAAGGAUGUCUUAUC